CCCCCGCCCCCUAAGCUCUGCUCCUAUUGGUGGAGCGGGAGGUCAGCUGGUGCAGGGUCGAAGCACGUGGAGCUCCGUGCGUUUCAGGAUCAAGAUGGCAGCCUCCUUGUGUCGGUGCUACGAGCUGGUUGGCAGACGUGCUCUGGCCCUCUGCUCCCGCUCCCUGGUCUCCUCAGUGUGGAGAGAAGAUGUGCUCAGGCUACACAGGAGCCCAGCUGCAGCUGUGCAGGUGCGAUAUGCUUCAGGACGUAAAGGUUUCCUGGGGGAGUUUGUGGAUAACCUGCGUCAGGAGUUCGGUAAGAAUCAGGAGAUGAAGGACAACAUAAAGAAGUUCCGAGAAGAGGCCAAGAGGCUCGACGAGUCGGACGCUCUCCAACAGGCCCGCAGGAAAUAUAAAACUAUUGAAGCUGAGACAGUGAAGACUUCCGAGGUGUUUAAGAAGACUUUUGGCUCCCUGUCAGAAACCGUCAAAGAGGGUAUUGAGGAGGUGAGUCGCACUGACAUCGGGAGGAAGAUUAAGGAAGGCGUGGAGGAAGCAGCCAGGACGGCCAUGCACUCUGCGGAGUCUGUGUCCAAAGGAGGAGAAAAACUGGGCAGGACCAGUGCAUUCAGAGCCAUCUCACAGGGUGUGGAAACCAUGAAGAAGGAGAUCGAUGUCGGUGAUGCCGGCCCGUACCGAGCCCCCCCCCAGCUCAGGAAGAGAAGCGAAUUCUCCUCUAAAGGAGCAAACAGCGACGACAGAGUGUUUGAGGCCAAUGAAGAGGACAUGGGUGUGGUUCUCCACAAGGAUUCAAAGUGGUACCAGCAGUGGAAGGACUUCAAGGACAACAACGCAGUUUUUAACAGGUUCUUUGAGAUGAAGAUGAAAUAUGAUGAAAGUGAAAACGGCCUCAUCAGAGCAUCCAGAGCUGUAACUGACAGAGUCACUGGUUUUCUAGGUGGUCUUUUCUCCAAGACAGAAAUGUCUGAGGUGCUGACAGAGAUCCUGAAGGCAGACCCCAACUUUGACAAGGACUGUUUCCUCAAACAGUGUGAGAAAGACAUCAUCCCGAAUAUACUGGAGGCUAUGAUCCGUGGAGAGCUGGAAGUAUUGAAGGACUGGUGCUAUGAAGCUACGUACAGUCAGCUGGCCCACCCCAUCCAACAGGCCAGAGCGCUCGGGCUGCUCCUCCACUCCAAAAUACUUGAUAUUGAUAAUAUAGAUUUAGCGAUGGGUAAGAUGAUGGACCAGGGCCCAGUGUUGAUCAUCACCUUCCAGGCGCAGGUCGUCAUGGUGAUCCGUAGCUCCAAAGGAGACAUUGUGGAAGGAGACCCGGAGAAGGUGAUGAGGAUGAUGUAUGUUUGGGCGCUGUGUCGUGACCAGGAGGAGCUGAACCCCAACGCGGCCUGGAGACUCCUGGACAUCUCCGCCUCCAGCACUGAGCAAGUCCUCUAGGAGGAGGAGGCAGGCAGGUGAAAAGGUCCAGCUGGGAUCUGAGACCAACUGUGAACAAGGGCAGAAGAUACAAGGAUGUGCCUGGAAUACACAUACUGACUCAUAUAUUUAUUCAUCAACAUCUGAGAGCAGAGAACGCUGCCGUGUUACACCAGAGACAGUAUUUGCACACAGUAUAUAACGGUAUACUUGAAAAUGUACAUGAACAAGGGGAUAAACUAAUGGUAUAAGAUACUUUACAUGAAUAGAAAACUGUGUGUACAACAUGUCUCUUGCUCUGGUAAGUGUUUGUGACUCCAGGAUACAAACUGUAUUUAAAACAUUUACUUUUAUUUUAAAAGUGGCUGGAAUCAUCAUUUCACCAUUUGGCUAAAAGAGGAGGCAUCCCACCCCCCAUUGCUUUAUUGGGUGGUAUAGUCCAUCUAUUCCAGCCUGGUGGUUAAAUCCAACAAGCUCAUUGGGAGGGGGGGGGGGGAAUGGACAUUGUGCCUGUGACUUCACUAAUUUUACUCAUGAAGACUAGUUUACUUCUCAUAAGGAGUCUACUGUAUAAUGCCUUCUGACUGCGGCUUUCUGAAAUCUGAUGAAAUAACCCAUAAUAUGUUCCGUUACCUCGGGUUGAGCUUGAAACUUAACAGAAAGUCUGUGUUAUCUACUGGGGAUGUGGAGCUUGUAAGAAAUUAUAACUUUUCAGACAGGGAGGGUUGAAUGAAAGAUGCCUUUAGACUUGUAUUAUAGCUCUCCAGUGUUUUCCAAAGUUCAUUCCAUUCUAUGGAUUCAAAGUCGAUAGCUCAGCCUCUGAUGCAUCAACUAUUUUAUUUUGAAAUACUUAAUUGCUGUAGAUACCACUUUAAGCCAUCAAUUCUCAAAGAGUGUCUGACAGCAAAACAUGUAGAAACUGCACGUCAACAGUCAACUUUAGAGGAUAUCCAGCCCUUUAGUGAAACUUCAAUCAAACAGUUCCUGGUUACGUGUUUCUGAUCACAACAGAAACACUCACAUUUUGAGGGGAAAUGACCUGUAUGUAAUGUACCAAUGUUUAACAUUGACCAUGAAAAGAAAUGCAUCUAAAGUAAUCAAAGCAUUCGCCUAUAAUUCAGCUGCAGAUAAGAUUGGACCAUAUAGUGUAGGAUGUAAUGAGUCCAUCCUGUUAUGUGUAGCUCUGCUUCAUGCACGACGACCAGAGGACCACAAGUAAGCACAGACAGCAUGUCCCUAUGUUUGUGUUGAAACACAGUUUAUGUUUUUUACAGUCGUGGCGCUGAUGUACAGUCUGUACAGCCUCAGUCAGAAGAAAUCUGUCUACAUAUGAAUGAGCUCUUAACUUCAUGUACAUAAAUCAAAUGUUGAGGACUCUCUCUUUGAAAGUUUGGGACCACAUUCAACUAUAGUCGUCAUGGCAGCGUUAUUGUUUGCGAAUCAUUCACCGUCUCCUGUUGUUUGUCUCAUUGAACUGUUUGGUUUACUGUCGUGUUUGUGGCUUUUUUUAGACUGGAGAUAGAAAGUUGAAUGAAUGAGUCUCUACUCACAUGUCACUGUAGAUUGAAAUCAUGAUUAAUUACUUUGUGUUUUUCCAUGACUGUUCUAUCAAAAUAGAAAGACGUCCAUUCUUGUAAAGAGAAGUUGAGCUCCUGAUAAACAGAAUUUAUUAAGAAGGAGA